AUGAGUGCUUCUGGCUUUUCGUUAUCUUCCACUGCAGAAGAGGUUACUCAUGGAAUCGAUGGAACUGGACUUACUGCGAUUAUCACAGGAACAACCAAUGGUAUUGGCACUGAAACUGCACGUGUUCUUGCCUUGCGUGGUGUUCAUGUGAUUAUGGGAGUAAGAAACCUUAUUGCUGGAAAAAAUAUCAGAGAAGAAAUACUCAAGGAGAUUCCAACAGCUAAAAUUGAUGUUAUGGAGUUAGAUCUCAGUUCAAUGGCAUCUGUUAGAAAAUUUGCAUCAGACUUCAAUUCCUCAGCUCUUCCAUUGAACAUUCUCAUAAACAAUGCAGGAAUUUGUGCACCUGUUUUCACAUUGUCGAAAGAUAACAUUGAACUACAAUUUGCUACAAAUUAUUUAGGUCAUUUUCUUUUGACAAAUCUUUUGUUAGACACUAUGAAGAAAACAUCAAGUGAAAGCAAUAAAGAAGGAAGAAUUGUUAAUGUGUCAUCUGAGGGUCACAGUUAUACAUAUCCUGAAGGAAUUAUUUUUGAUAAAAUUAAUGAUGAAUCAAGUUACCAAAGAUGGAAAGCAUAUGGCCAAUCUAAACUUGCUAAUGUUUUACAUGCAAAUGAACUUGCAAGACAUCUCAAGGAAGAUGGGGUUAAUAUUACUGCAAAUUCCCUUCAUCCAGGAGCUAUUUUCACCAACAUUGUAAGUCAAGAGGUUGGUCAAACUAUCCCAAAAGGUCUACUAGAUGUGCUUGGGGAAUUUGUAAUUAAGAAUGUCCAACAGGGAGCAGCAACAACAUGCUAUGUAGCAUUGAACCCUAAAGUGGAGGGAAUUAGUGGAAAAUAUUUUUCUGAUAAUAAUGUGGUUGAACCAAGCUUUCAGGGUAAAGACAAUGAUUUGGCAAAGAAACUAUGGAAUUUCAGCAUGAAAUUAACUGAAUAG